AGUCGGUUAAGUAAAAAACGAUCUUUUUUUUAUCGAGAAAAGCGAGUGCAUUCGUCACGAGAAGGUGUCUUCAGAUGGUAUUGCAGCCAUGGAAGAGUAUUAGAACUGACUCACAAUGGAGUCGUUACGUUAUCUUGGAAAACUGUUUCAGCCGUUGUCAACGGCUUUCGUCAUUGCUCUGAUCACAAUGAUGACUGUUAUCCGUCUUCGGCAGAUUCCUACCUACCGCAAGCUAAUGGCUUUCCCACAUGCCUUUGAAUCAAUUCCCGUCAUCACCUAUCUAUGCAAUUUCGUCGUUCUUUGCGUGAGAGAACGGCUGACAGGCAUAGAUUUUGGCGUGCUCUUCUGGCAACAAGUGCUCAAACGAAUGGAUCAAUACCGAAAGCAUGGCUGUUUCGCGAUGUAUCUAGGGGCUCAGCCAAGUCUAAUUGUGUUUCGAGCCGACCAUGUGGAGAAGGUGUUGACGAGUAAUACUAAUAUAUCUAAAGGACCCGUUUAUAAUUACGUUCAUCCCUGGCUAGGCCUUGGACUGCUAACAAGCACUGGUAACAAAUGGAGGACGCGACGGAAGCUACUGACGCCCGCCUUUCAUUUCCGGAUCCUUGACGAGUUCGCUGUCAUUAUGAACCGACAAGCGAAGAUCUUCACCGAAAAAGUAGGUUCUAAAAAACCGACCGAAGAUAUUGUGCCGUAUGUGACUGCUGUUACGCUAGAUAUCAUCUGUGAAACGAUUAUGGGAGUGACGAUGAAUAGCCAGACGACUGGAAGUGGCAAAAAGUAUUUACGCUCAAUCAAAUCUUUAGAGGCUCGCUUAUUGGGUAGAAUUCUUAAGCCUACCCAAUGGGUUAACUGGAUCUACAACCUAACGGAGAACAGUAGGCAGACUUGCAGGGAUCUUAAAGAAUUACAUAGGUUUACGAUAAAUGUGAUUAAUGAGCGAAAGAAAGAGCUAGAAGCAAACCCUGCGGAGCUCGAAAAAAUGGCAGCCAACGAAGAUGGCAUCUUCAAGUCCCGAAAACCGUUCUUAGAUAUGCUUCUCGUAGAACAUAUUAAACGCAAAACAAUGAGUGUGGCAGAUAUUCGCGAAGAGGUGGAUACGUUCAUGUUCGAAGGACACGAUACAACAUCAAUGGGACUCAUUUGGGCUAUUUAUCUUAUCGGGCUACAUCCUGAAGUUCAAAGUAAACUACAUAAAGACAUCGACGACAUUUUUCGUGGUGACACCGAGUCCGAAGUUACAGAGAAGCACAUAAAGCAGCUUAGAUAUUUGGACAUGGUGCUUAAGGAGUCGCAGAGAAUCUAUCCUUCGGUUCCACGUAUCUCACGCACGGUCACAAAAGAGUUUAGGCUCGACGACAAGCCUGUACCAGUGGGCACAGAAGUGGCGUGCAAUAUUCUGGUCCUACAUAGAGACCCAAACGUUUUUCCGGACCCACUUAGAUUCGAUCCUGACCGCUUUCUUCCGGAAAACUCUAGCUCCCGUAGUCCUUUCGCAUUCGUCCCGUUUUCUGCUGGUCCACGAAACUGUAUCGGUCAACGUUUCGCUAUUCAGGAAGAAAAGAUUCUUCUUGUAUGGCUCCUCAGGAAAUACCGUGUGAAGUCGCUGGAUCCGCCAAAUAAGGUCAAUUUCGUCGUAGAAGUGGUAUUAUUGCCGAAAGGCCCUAUUCGAGUUCAAUUUAUUCCCAGAACAUGAGUGCAGUGUAUUGGUUCAGCCAACCAACAAAUACCUAUGCAUUUAGGUAAUGCUGUUCGUAAUAAAAAUACUGUCAAAGCGAACUAUGAUACCUUCGGAGACAGAUCUGAAGUCAAACUUGGAAAAUCGAAUAGAAAAGUUGACACUAAAGCGACCUGUCUAUCGCUUUUGAAUUGUGGCUACUACAGAGGAAAAAUAAAUCGAUACUUCUGAAGUUCAACCUA